GUUUUAUGGCUUUCGCUUCAUGAAAGACAACGAUCCUUCAGUGGUGCUCUUAUACGACGUGAAUGGUGUCAUUUCGGGCUUGCAGUCAGGGUUUCAUGUGGAGAAUUCCAGGAUGCACCCUCGUGCUGGAUACAUCAUGGACAAUGUCGCGGGCAGAGACAUACAAUUUCUCACAGUCUACUUUCUCCCACCUGAGUUGAUCUGUGCUCGUGGUCGCACACUUCGUGAGCUCGAAGAGGAAGGCGUCGGCUCGAACGUUUACUUGCAGCGGGAGACCGAGGCCCUGAGCCGCCUGGUGUCGGCACCCCGCUACGACGAUGAUCUGCGUAACAGCUUGUGGGUGCGCGAGGCCUGCUACCCGGGCAUGGGGCGCCAUUACUUCUGGAACAUCACCGAGAACAUGGCGUGCGAGCACCUGUUCCCAGUAUACGUGACCUUCUUCCGUGGAGAGAUUGUCUCCUUUGGAUUCCUGCAUUCAUUGCCGCCUCCCUCGUCCGGGAGGUUCGAGCGAGUCAUCAAGGAGAACAUUGGCACCUACCUGCAUCGACCGCCCAAAUGCCUCGAAAAAGAGCUGGCGGCUCCCGGAACCCGUUUUUCUUCUCUACAUGUGUACCUGGUCAGCAAGCCAUGGGAGGUCACCUGUACGCAUGACUGACGAGAGACGGCCACUUGACACU